CAGGAAUCCAACUUUGGUUCGCAUGCACUCAACCUUAUACGCCCAAACCACAUAUUUAAAUGCCAAUGUAAACAAUUUCUCCGAAACUUAUAUAUUGCACUUUUUCCCACCAUAUAGUCUAAAAGGCUCGCUCAAUCCAUCAAAAAGACACCGAGAUCGUGUCAAUGUUGAAUUGGACAACCUCGCAAAACUGCUGCCUUUUGCACCCGAGGUCAUCGCGAAGCUUGACAAACUUUCUGUGCUGCGUUUGAGUGCCAGCUAUCUAAGAACGAAGAACUUCUUUAAAGGUAUGUUAAACUCGUAAAGCUGUAAAUUGCAGCCUUUUGAGCGCAAUGAGCUCUUUGUAUAUCUGGACUCUGGAGUAAGAAACGUCCGUCAUUCGGCCAAUGAGAAAAGUGAAGCUAAGAUUUUGAAAUCUUGGAAAUUCGCAAUUCCCCCUUAUUACGUUUUCGUGGCGCUUUGUAUUGUGGUUAUAGUGGUAUCACUGAUAAAGAUAGCGGCCUCGAAUGAAAAUGUUGAAUGUUUUCUCGAAUAUUUUGCUGUUGGCUGUCGCGCACCUGACCCUAGCUUUUUUAAAAGUUCUUGCACGGGUCAGGACAAAAAAUAAGCCAUCUUGAAUAUCAGUGAUACCACUAUAACCACAAUGCGAAGCGCUACGAAAACGUAAUAAGGAGAAUCUAGUAUUGACAUCCAAUGCAUAUGAAGGUCAUAGUUUGUAUACUAGUUUUCCCAGCUAAAAAUCCAGUUUUUCCCACCGAUCGUGUCGCUGAUAAAGAUAUCAGUUUACUAAACCGUAGCAUUAUUCUUUAAUAAGGUAUGGUCGUUUUAUUAUUGUGAGCCAUUACGGUGCACUGUAAAGAGCUUACAUUGCUUAUAGUGCUGUUUUGUUAACAGUACAGUACCUAAGGUGGGAGUAUCGCAUUUGCUGACAACAUUUCAGUUGCUAAUUAAUAUUUUUUCCCAAAAUUGUUGGCGGGGGGAUGUUAAGGUUAAAAUAAUUUCCGGACAUACCAUUUUUCACAAUAAACUUUCAAUUUAAUGUACCGUAAUUUGUUAAAUUUUUCAGUAACAUUUUCGUAAAGUUAUCAACAUUUUUGCUAUAAUGCUUGCGAUUUUACUCUGAGUGUAUAUCCACACCGGGGAAGCUCGAAAAUAUGCCUAUCCACGGUGGGAAUCGAACCUACGACCUUUGGAGUAAUAAUUUUUGCUAUAACUAUUACCCUUUAAUCAGAGUCUACGAAAACAAUUUGCCGUUGAAUCCCGUUAUUUGCCGUCAAGAUGUUUUCAGGGGGUGUCACACCCCACACACACGCCUAUAGCGACGGCCCUGUUCCUUGCAGUUUCCCGCUAACCGCGCAGACAAAAAAUUAGGAAGGGUUUAAAGUUAUCAUUCCUAGUAUUUUAUAAUCAUUCCUUGCUUUCCAGGUCUGAAUGUUGGUUCGAAAGACAAAACAUCAGAUUCAUCUGUGCUAGAUGACUUUGAAAAGACUGGAGCAAUAAGUGAAUUGUUGUUAGAGGUACGUGCCAAGAUUGGCUUCAGAAUAUAACGGAAAACUCUACACUUAUCAUCAAGGUCAUCCAAAAAAAAAACUGGACACUAUUUGAUUUCAUGUAACGUAAAAGCUAUAAAAGCUAUCGCAAUGAAAUAAAUAUCAUUGCAUUCAGAAAGGACUAACUUAGAUUUUGAUAUAUAGCACUUGAAUUUACAUGCAAUAUUGACUGCGCUAUUGAUGUUUGAACGUUGAACUACUGUUUUUGAAAAUGCCAAAAAUUUAGCAUAAAACAACCUUAUAAUUACCGAUGUAGUUAUACUUGUUAAAUAAUAAAUAUUUUUAUUUUGGUUGUAUCCCGCUCAAUAUUGCAUGCAAAUGUUAUAUAUCAUUUUCCGUGUUGAUAUACAGUUAUAUCAACACGAGUGGAAAUUGGGAAAACGAGAAAUUGUGUGGAAACAUGACGCCCAAAGGGCGGAGUGUUUUCACACAAUUUCGAGUUUUCCCAAUUUCCACGAGUGUUGAUACAACUAUAUACCAAAACGGAAAAAAUGUUUUAUAUUUGUUUUAUAAUAUAGCACAAAGAAAUAUAAAUAAAGAAAUUUUCCGACGUUUCCGUGUUGACAUUGAGUUAUAUCAACACGGCUCGUAGCCAAUCAGCGUUCAGAAUUUACAAAUGCUAUAUUUUAAAUCAAAAUCUAGAUCAGUCCUUUCUGAAUGCAAUGAUCUUUAUUUCAUUGCGAUAGCUUUUAUUACUUUCACGUUGCAUGAAAUCAAACAGGGUCCAGUUUUUGGGACACCCGGUAUAUAUAGCGGAAACCGGUAAACUUAUGACAAUACUCUGACUUAUGUAUUUCAUGUUAGGCACUGGAUGGAUUCUUGAUGGUGUUGACUCAAGAUGGUGAAGUAUUUUAUGCCUCGGAAACUAUUAGUGAUUUCUUGGGAGUGUCACAGGUAAUCAUUUAAUACUGAUCUAAACUCUUACUCUAGCUGCAUCAAUUCUAAACUGUCCUUCCUUGAGGUUACAGUAAGGAUCACCUCUUCUUUGUCCAAUGUUACUGCAGAAGGAAAACUAAACUAACUUUAUUUAUACUGGAUAGCUCUAUCAGUGUUAAACUGUUUUCCCUAGAGGUCUAGCCUGCGAACAGGCUCUCAAGCUGAAUUGAGAGCCUGCAUCGAUGACUAAUGAAUUUGAAUAUCUGCCCCGUAACGUUCGUUUUUCCAAAUAUGGAAUGUCUAUCCUUAUAUGGUGUUGUUUACAACUUUCGUGCAAACUAAAUUUAGACCGUGCAAACUAAAUUUAGACCGUGCAAACUAAAUUUAGACCGUACAGUUUAUACUAUUUUUCGAAAUAUAAGAUAUUCAAGCAAAAGUUUAAAUGUUUUAAAUACUGUUUUCUCAAAACAGAACAUUUUGUGCUUUGAGAUAAGAUGGCCAAGACCAAUUUGAUCAGUUAAUGUGUUUUUAUGCAUAGUGCUUCAGCAGUUGACAUACAUAGAGCUCAGCGGAAACAUAUAAAUUAUAGCAUCUGACCAAUGAGAAUUUCGCGUCACGAUUUGAGACGCAGAUAUUCAAAUUCAUUAGUCAUCGAUGCAGGCUCUCAAUUCAGCUUGAGAGCCUGUUCGCAGGCUACUAGAGGUCCAGUAAGACUGUAAGAGUCGUCCCUUAUUGUCCAGUAUUAUUUCAGGAUGAAACCUAAACUAAACUAACUUUAUUUAUACUGGAUAGCUCUAAACUGUUCUCUCUAGAGAUCCAGUAGGGAGCCGUUUUAUAACGAAUCUCAUUGUCAUAUUUAUGUAUUUUCAGGCAAGCGUGAUUCACCAAGAUUUCUUGAGAUUUGUUCAUGUCGACGAUCAACAAAUGCUCGAGAACAACCUCAAGUUGGUUCCCAGUCCUCCAGAGCAGGUACGCGAAAUAUUCAAACUGUACUCCACGAUGGGUCAAGCGUAAAUAAUGGUGCCUAAGUUGCAAUGAAAUUAUUUUAAACUCUACGUUUGUCAUGUUUAGAAAAUCCGAGAGAUUAUUGACGAUGAUGAUGAACCUCCUGCCGAAACCAGUGACAACGGUGCGUUCUUAUUAGAGCUGCGCGGUUCUGAAUUUUUCGGUUAACCGCACAGCUGUAUAGUUGGCUUAUCUAUCCAUAUAUGCACGAUCAGAAAUUGCGACCACAAAUUGACAAUUCCCAUUAUAGACUAAUUUUAAAACUAGGCAAGGAGAUGCAAAUAAAUCACCACAGCUAGAAAGAGCAUACUAAAAUGAGUAAAAUGGCAAAGUUUGGUUGCGAAAUGUUGUAAAAUGCGGAAAAUAUGGCCUUGCAAAGUUUGCAAAUUUUGUAUACUUUUGAAAGUAUUGCGUGCGGAAUUGCUACCAUUUUCGGCCCAAAUGUGGUAGCAAUUUCCGCACGCAAUACAAAAGUAUACAAAAUUUGCAUACUUUGCAAGGCUAUAUUUUUCGCAUUUUACAACAUUUCGCAACCAAACUUUGCAAUUUUACUCAUUUUAGUAUGCUCGUUCUAACUGUGGUGAUUUAUGUGCAUCACCUUGCCUAGUUUUAAAAUGAGUCUAUAAUGGGAAUUGUCUAUUGAGAACUAAGAUAUACCUGUAAAAUGGCUGUAUGUGGCCAAGUGUAUAAUCCACGUUAAUAAAUUUUUGAAUUGUUUGAAUAUGAAAAAGAUAAACUAUCUACACUGGACCCUCAAGUUUGAGAUAUCUUUUUUAGGUAGUUCAGACAUGAACCACGGCAGAAUGUAGAGUACUGCCUGCACUGGACCUCCACGUUUGAGGAUAAACAUUAAUAUUCAUUGUUUUUUGUAGGAAAAGAAGUUAACAAAGAGCGGUCUUUUGUUUGUCGUUUUAAAUGUGUCUUGAACACAAACGCUGGAUUUUUCAAGGUAAUACCAAGUAAUACUAUAUUUCUAUUGGCAGGGCCGCAUAGAGAAAUUUGGGGGCCCAGGGCAAAUUUAAUAUUUGGGAUGGGUCCUAGUGAUUUCCUAUCGUCAAAGAUUCUUGAAGUUAUGUAUUUUUUUAGAGAUUGAUUUCCAUAUUGUUGAACAUUUAGGACAAUUGGCAAGAUUAUUUCCUACGGUUUUGAAUGUUUAUAUAACAUUUGCAAUGCGUAUUCUGUACUGAAAUAGUUCAGAGGGUCUGGUGGCAUUCUCCCCUGGGAAAAAUUUGAAACAUCUAGAGUCCCUAGAAUAGCAAUUCCUGCAUUCUGGGAGAAUAUUUAACUGUGGUUUCGAUGCAUAUUUUACUUUAUCCUUAUCUGGGCCCCCUUUCCUUUUGCCCUUCCCCCUCUGCGCUGCCCUGUAUAUUGGUCUGUUUUAGUAAAACCUUACAAAAUUAUUGAGCUAACAUCUGAACUUGGAGCCAGCCCCUUAGAAUAUUGAGGUAGGGUCACUUGAUGGCUUCCUAAUUUCUGCAGCUGGCUGAAAUUCUCCUGUGCUUAAAUGCACCUAUAUAGAACAACACCUAGUGCAGUCGUGGACUAUUACAUAUAAUGGAAACAAUAGCCCUUCUUGAACAGUGUUUACUCAUUCGGUUGACCAUCUUCUGUUUCACGUUUGCUUAGUAAAUACGUGAAACUGUUACUACUUAAUAGGUCGUCUAACCACUAGACAUUGACUAUCAUUUUUAUUUCUAGCCAUUUAAGUGUCAUGGUCGACUACGGGAAGUAGAUGUCCCUGACGAGUCGUGUCCACAUUUUGCAUUAUUUCUGAUCUGUUCACCUUUGGAAGUGACGUCGACCUCGAUUGUUGAAGUGCGUAUGAAAUCCAUGUUGUUUUGUACGAAAAAUAAACUGGAUUUAUCAUUUUUGGAUAUUGAUCAAAAGUAAGAUUUUUAACAUUUAACCUUGGAUUUGGAUAGACAGUAGUCUACAGUGCUAUGUAAACUCCGGGUUUUUCACCUACGGCUCCGGCCAAAAAAAACUCCGGCUCCAGCAGAAAAUUUCCAGCUCCGGCAAAUUCGCGGAAAUUGGAAAUUUAAUGGAAAUUUCACAUUUCAAAGUGGAAGCAUUAUCUUUGUUUUUUAUUUUAACACUUCACAUGAACAUUUUGUACUAUGUUUGUGGCAAGCCUACGCAGUAUCAAUGUGAGUAUUUACUUUUUCGUCGAUGGGUUCAGAUUUUUUCGCCGAUGUCCGACAGUAGUUUGCAGCACGAAUAAGUGCUGCCAAAGCAAUCUCGUUCCCCGAGCCUGCGAUCCUCGGGAAGGAAUCAUGGGAUAAUCCGUUACCGGAAGCCAAGAAUCCUGGCUAAGAUUGAACUACGCAUUCCAUUUCAAUGGCCAAUCAGAUUCCUCCCUGAAACGGAUUAUCCCAGAGCCUCGCGUUCCUUCCCGAGGAUUGCAGGCUCGGGGAACGAGAUUGCUGCCAAAGUUGAACAGACUCCAGCAAAAUAGGCCAAAACUCCGGCGCACAGCAAUAAUAGUCUACGAACCGUUCUUUUUUGCUAAAAUAAUAUAUUUUUCAGGUUGUUGUAUCUCGUUCAAUUCGCAGCUGUUCAGGCAAUAGUCUAGUCUACCACCCUUACCGGUCAAUACUAGUACACUCCCCCCUUUCAUGCCGUGUUUAACGCUACAUUACGCAUCUUUUCCAGGGGGAGGCAGAUUGUUGGUUAUACGAAGAAAGAUAUUUCGGCUCAGUCAAGUUACUGUAUGAUGCAUUAUGAUGAUAUUCCGAUCCUUCGAGGAAUGCAUCAGAGCCGUAAGUGGAUUUUUUUUUUCCCUACGAAUUGUUAAAUUUUUCCAAAAGAAAAGACCUUUGCUAUAAGUGGGUUUCAGUUAGCGUAACGGAGUCUUCUUCAGAAAUAUUCACGCUUGACAGAAUGUUGGGCAAGCAAAUUAAAAUAUAUCUGUCUAGUCUAUUCCUUUGCCUUCAAAUACAAGCCUUCAGCUCAUAAUGAAAACAACUAACAUUAUUUUUUUCCGGUCCGUAAUCCCAGGUCCGUAACGUAAAUGGAGCCUUCUGAUUGGUUGACGAGAGGUCCUUAUCACACAAUACGGACCUCUCGCGUUUCGCGCCAAAACAAACCGAGAAGUGAAGACAAUUUUCAAACUGAAAAAAAUAAUUUAAAAGUUGAAAAACCCUCCUUAUCGAUACUAAAGAUAGAAAAAUAAGGUGAACUGACUUCGAUGGAUUUAGUGUCAAGCCCAAUUUAGUAUCACCCUGUCGACUUUCCCCGUGGGAGGAAACCGGAGCGCCCAGAGAAAACCCACAAGUUUUGGUAGAGCGUUGACAGACUUGCGUUGUUCGUCACAGAACCCACGAUCUCAGAGGUGAAGGACGAUUUCAUCACCGAAGCUCCUGUAUUCAGUGAAUUUUACUAUAUACCAGUUGCAAUGUCUUGUGUUGAAUAAUACUUUCUAUAUGUUUUCUAGUUAUGGCAACUGGCAAAUGUGAAGGCGUAUUUCGUUGGUUAAAUAAGCAACAUAAAUGGCAAUGGUUGAGUGGUAGUGGACAAGUUAUUUUCAAGAACAACCGACCUGACUUUGUUAUUACAACUAACAAACCCCUAACGUGAGUUGUUUGCUCUUGUGAAUUUCCAGUGGAAACAGUUUAGAACUGAUAAAGCUAGCUGUCCGGUAUAAGUAAAGUUAGUUUAGUUUAGGUUUUCUUCUGCAUUACAGGGAUGGCCCUUCACUGGAUGUCUAGGGAGAACAGUUUAGAAGGUUUAAUUUAGGUUUCAUCCUGUAGUAACACUGGGAAAUUAUGGAUGACACUUACUAGAGAGAACAGUGGAGAAAAUAAUAGAGUGAACUUGAAAGAUGUACUUGAAAGAGCGCUGCACCGGAAUCGCAGGGCUGCAGGUUUGAUUCCUGCCAGAGGACCUAGUGUUGCAUUUUUCACAACCGCUCCUGGUUAGGUCUUAAAUUGUCCACACUUGCAGGGUUCGUAGCGGUCGUUGAAAUCCUUGAAGGUCUUUAAAUUUGAAUGCAGGUCUUUAAGGUCUUUGAAAAGUCUUUGAAUUGUGUGAAAAAGCGAAGAAAGUCUUUUGAGUAUUUGAUUAUACGAUUUCCUAGCUAAUAAAAUAAAUUGAUUGAAGCAAGAUUUUCGCAAAUAUCGACGAAAAGGCGCAUGUUAGGAUGUGAUUUGACAGGACUAAUUACCCGGGUGAAAAUGGUGCUCACACUCGCAAUUUUUCGAUAGCUAAUUGCUCUUAAAGGUCUUUGAAAAGUCUUUGAAAAUAGGCAGAAAAAAUCUUUGAAAGUCUUUGAAUUUUUUUGGUCUUGGAGACUACGAACCCUGACUUGGAUUAUGGACCAAACCCAGCAUUGAAGAACUAAUAGGCCUUAAUCUUUCCAGUAUCAAUGAUAGUUCAAGAAUAUUGAAAUAAGUUUUAUUAAGCAACACAUGACCUCAAAGAUUCUUGACGAUGAAAAAUCUCUAAGUCCCAAAAGGUAUAAUGUUGCCGGUCCCCAAAAGGUUUGUGGCCCGCCCCCUGUUUCCAGCCCUGGUGAUAAUCUAGAGGGGACCAGUUAGAGGUAUCCAUUAUAAAUAAAGUUUAGUUUAGUUUCAAGCAACAAACUCUACUUUCACAGCGAUGAAGAAGGGGAAGAAGAAGUGAGAAGACGAGAACGAGAUUUAGGAAUCAUACCAACAUCGCCAGCCUCGUUACUAAGUCAUCUACAGAUCGCAUCGCCAUUACCCUCCAGUAGUCGUGUGGGUAGUCCUGAUGAUUUACCUCAACCACAGAUGCCUCAAUAUACACCAGGUACAUUUGUUUUAAAUCCCGUACAGACGAGCAGUUUUUCAUUGACAGGUAUUCCUUGACAAAUUUUGUUUGCUCGUGUUUAAGGCAAAUAAUGGACCAUUCUCCAAUUAACCAAAAUUUUGAACUCAACAAUUCUAGACAAAAAUUUCAUCACAGCUUGAAAGAGCAUCACAAAAUUAGUAAUAUUCCAAAGUUUCGUUGCAAAACGUUGUAAAAUGCGGAUAAUAUAGCCUUGCGAAGUUUGCAAUUUUCAGUCAUUUUAGAUUACAAACGGGAAAUGGUUACCACUUCUGUGCGUAAUACAAAAUGACCGAAAAUUACAAACUUCGCAAGGCUAUAUUAUCCGCAUUUUACAACAUUUUGCCACGAAACUUUGGAAUAUUACUAAUUUUGUGAUGCUCUUUCAAGCUGUGAUGUAAUUUUUGUUUAGGCUAGUUAAGAUCAAAAUUUUGGAAAAGUGGUAACCAUUUCCCGUUUGUAAUCAAAAAUGACUGAAAAUUACAAACUUCACAAGGCUAUAUUAUCCGCAUUUUACAACAUUUCGCAACGAAACUUUGGAAUAUUACUAAUUUUGUGAUGCUCUUUCAUGCUAUGAUGGAAUUUUGUCUAGACUUGUUGAGAUCAAAAUUUUGGUUAAUUGGGGAAUGGUCCAUUGACAAUUUUUCUUUGUCAAGAAGCCUUGUUCCAAAUUCCAGCUUUUGAACAAGGAAACAUUAUAUUGUUCGUCUGUACGGCCGACAAGGAAAACUUGUCAAGUGCACAAGAAAUACUUCUAUGUUUUUGGCAAACAAAAGGCGGCCUAGACGUGAGAUAAAUGUUUAACAACAUUUCGUCAAGGAAACUUGUCAGAGAAAAAAAAUGUUUUUGUACAGGCUUAAAUCCUUGGACUUUGAUAAAAGACGGUUACAGACGAACAAGUGUUGUAGGACAAGUUUUCGUAUAACAAGUUUUAUUUGCAUAUCCGCAUUGGCAACUUUGCUAAAGUUUUUUUUCUGUGAGAAGUACACUUGUUUAAUUAAAAGCUAACAGACCAGCUGAGACACCUAGAAAUAUUAUACAGUGUGUGUAAAAAAAAGGUAAUCGAACUUCAGCGCGCUAUUGCAAUUGAAUUACUCUGCGUAUGAACGAGAUUUUUUCAUAUUCGGAAAGAUCAGGCUUUUAGCUGUUGCAUGAUACGUUCUUCAUCCCAAAUGGAUAAAAAAUGAGCGAAUACGAAUCCGAUAAAAAUUGUUAGUCAGAAUCGCAUAUUUUCACCGUUGAGAGUUGGGUCUAAAACCAUUGAAAAUUAACCCCCUCUGGGACUUAAGUUGAUGAAUUUCACUUCAAUAAACUACGCACAUAUUCAUAAUUAUUAUUAAGUAGGAAUAAAUCUUAGCUAAGCUAUGACAAGUUCGUGAUUAAUUGCUUUUUCUUUUGUUAUGCACUGAAUUGGGCACAGAGGUGAAAAUAUGCAAUUCUGACUAACAUUUUUUAUCGGACUCGUACUUGCUUAUUUUCUCUCCACUUGGCAUGAAAAACAUGUCAUUUAUAGCUAUAAGCCUGAUCUUGCCGAAAAUAAAAAAAGUUUGUUCAUACGCCGAGUAAUUCACGUACAAUAGCGCGCUGAAGUUCGAUUACCUUUUUUUAUACACACUGUAUAUAUACAGUCAACAUGGGGAAUGUAAUCUUCAUAUACGGUGAGCUCAAGAUAUGCGGAUUAUGGGAAGAUCUAGGCUGACAGCCAGAAUAACAGUAUUACUUUGCUACGGCAGUAUUGUAGCCAAAUAGAGUUCUAUCAUACACUAACUAUAUAUUCCCUUUCAGGUCCCAAUGUUUCCCCAUCCUUAGUCAGUCCUAAUCACUCGACUACCUCUUGUACUUCUGAACCAUUUUCCGCCGAGGAUCUUCCUUCGGAUCUCAAUCCUGACUUUUUAUUCGAGGCAAGCGACAGUACCUGGGAUUUACGAGGUUUGUAUCUCGUUUCUGUUUUCAGUACGAUUUCAUAGUCCCCGACGUUGACACACACGCAAAAACCUCACAUCUUGUGUUGUAUUCGCAUUGCUUGUCUCAAGUUGUCAACAAGUUUGGAACAAGCUGUUAACAACUUGUAACAGUCUUGUUGAUAUUAUCAGACUUGUUGCAAGAUUGUUCCAACAAGUCCGAUACAGUCAUGAUAUAACAAUAUUGAUACAACAUUGUGUCGUCAAUCUUUUGUAACAUUCUUGUUAUAUCAUGACUGUAUCAGACUUGUUAGAACAAACUUGUAGCAAGUCUGAUAAUGCCAUCAAGCUUGUUACAAGUUGUGAACAGGUUGUUCCAAACUUGUUACAAUAACUGGGAACAAGUUGUGGACAGAUUUGUAAUAACUUGUUUGCAAACCUGUAACAACUUGUGCGUUUUUACGUGUGUAGUCCAAGCUUGUUAUUAUUGGCCAGCAAUGCUGUUCCAACAACUUGUCAACAGGAUGUGUUCGCAAUGCUUGUUCCCAGCUUAAUGACAACUUGCUACAAGGUUGUCCGAGCUCCGCAGACUUGUAACAAGUUGUUCCAACAACUUUUUAUCGUCCUGCAAUUCAACGAUUUGUCAACAAGUGGUGAGUGACAGCCUUGUAACAACUUGAUAAAAUAACAGUAUUGUUACAACUCGUUGACAAGCUUUCUACAAGCCUGUUGCGAACACAUCUUGUUGACAAGGUUAAGGAUAGGUUUAUGAUUGGGUUCACAGUAUUGUUACAACUCGUUGACAAGCUUUCUACAAGCCUGUUGCGAACACAUCUUGUUGACAAGGUUAAGGAUAGGUUUAUGAUUGGGUUCAAGAUCAAAGAGAAACAUAUUGGUGCAUGAAACAUGGAGAUAUAACCUUCACCGCCUGCCAUGCUAAAAGACAACAUGGAUGGGCAAAUGUGCAAUAAACAGUAUUUAUUGUUCAGUGUGACUAUAUCAACAAUAUCAACUUGGAUUUUAAUCAUUUCAAAGGCCCGUUUACACUUGCGAUUUUUGCUGCGAGUUCUUGUGCGGUUUUCUCCUUCUGAUGGAUGUGAACGAGUAAAUGAGUUACGGAAUGUUCGGAGUACAUGUACCCUCAUCUGAACAUUCAUAACUUAUCCACUCGUUCACAUCCGUCAGAAGAAGAAAAUCGCAACCUAAAAUUGCAGCAAAGGUGAAAUUAUAAUCUGACAUCUACAUAUUGUGGGAGUGUGAACUCCGGAUGCGGAGGUGAAAGGUGCCAAUCUUAUAUAUUGCGUGUCUGGUUCAUUCAAGAUUAUAUAUUGAUUGUCUGGUUCAUUCAAGGGAAAGAAUCAUUCUAGAUUAACUUUGUUUUUCAGCUUCACUAUCCGACCUGGACAGUAUCGGCAAAGGUGACUUGAUGAGUGAUCUGCUUGAAUUAGACGUAAAUGAUCUGAACCUGGAUCCACUGACUGAGAGCAAUACUGUACCCUUGACACAUGCGUCUGAUUCCUCCUACCCUUCGUCGGAGAUUUCGCCUAACCCCCCUAUGUCACAACCUGGUGCGUGGAUGCCACGUGAUCAGGGUAUGACGUCACAGUACCCUCAACUCCAACCAGUUUCAAGCUCGGGCAUGGGGGCGUCAACAUAUACUAGCUAUGGUACGCCGCGUAUUUCUUCCACCGGAACAAUGCAACCCCCGGGCAUUGGUAGUACCGGAAUUAUGUUUCCUCAAGGGGUACCGCCGGGUACAGUGUCCUCUCAAGGUGUACGACCGGGUAUUGUACCCUCUCGAAAUAUGCCACGAAAUGGAAUUCCUAUGAAUGGCCAGUUUGUAAAUGUAGCAGAUCCAUCGGGUUACCAUGCAACGAUGACGCAAUCACAACCGCUGCCACCACGUGGCAACGUAGGCUCAACUCAAGCUGGAUUACUCAAGCUUCAAACGCAACCAAUGCUAAACCGUUCUUACAUAAAAACUGAACCAGUACGUUCCGCUGGGUAUUAUUGCAAUUCUGUAGGCAUGGACUCUGUUCUGUCAGGGGGGAUGACCAACGGUCCACAUUUCCCGGGGGUGUCGGCGCCAAGUAAUACAUAUAGGUAUCAAAAUAAACUGAGUCAUGUAGGGCUUCCUCAAUGGACGACAGCGCCCCCAAGUCCAUACUCAUCAGGGUCUUCGUCUACGAGUUCCUACGAUGCAUUACACGGACAGUUCUCGCCCACCGAUAUGCUGACGUCACCAUUCGCUUCACCACGUGACGACAACGACUAUAACCGUGGUAACGGGCCGCCGUACGUGAAUGGUGGACCUCCUCAACGUUCCUUCGCACGUCCCCAACCAAGUUUCCCUCAAGCGUUUGUCGAUAUACCGGAGAUCGCGCCGAUGGGCAUGGUCGAGGAACUAGUUCCGCGUAUGCAUCACACAUCACCCCUCGCGUCUCGGACCUCUGCGGGACUUACGCACUUGUGAUUGGAUGAAUCUGUCCAUAUGACUUCAAGCACAAGCACGUAUCGUGUCGACCGUCGUGAAUUGUCGGAUUCUAAUCUGACACAGAGAACGGUUAAUGCGCGCGUUACUGAAUUUCAUCGACGAGACUUUGUUGAGUUGACAGUUCAUAUGUUAUGGGUGAAAGCCGCCGUCAUGUGUUGAGUUUGAGUCGAAGAGAAAGGAAUUCUUUUUGGCCGUCCUAAAAGACCUAAGUCUUGCCUUGCACAAGAAAUGGGACUGGGUAUCGGCAUUGGGAAAGUUUUAACCUUUUUUGUAAGAUUACUACAUUUGCAUUUUAGACUUCUAACUAAAGCAUGUUGUAGGGAACAUGCUAAGCUAACUGGUGAAUAAGCCUAAAAUAGUACAAAACUUUUCGAUUGAUACAGUAAAAUCCCGCAUCAAAGAACCAUUAUUUUUUAUGUCAGGCUGAAGUAGUUCUUACGUAGCAGGUGAGAAUUCAGGCCGAAUUGGUUCUGAACUGGUCCUUAUUUCUAGUCAAAAUCUAUUGUUCCUUGUUUAGUGUUUAAAAUUAUGUGUGUCCCUAAUUAAUGAUUUGUACAACAGAUUAUGUUUUUGCAUUUAGAAGGUUUUUUUAAGAAACAAGUCUCGUUUGUUAGUCUAAAGAGGUUCUUGCAUUUUUGGUGCUUAAUAAUUGCCUGCGAUUCUUAACCAAAUGGUUCUUUUAUGCGAACUUUUACCGUGGCCUGUAACAUGAUAGAUUAAAUAUUUCUAGAGAUAUUAGCCGAGGAUAUUUCUCCAUCGCUUAUUCACCGGUCAUGCAAAGCGCGCUACGUACAAAACCCCGUCCUCGUUACCAUCUUUUGUAACUAAGGCUUGAUACACUCUUUUGCUCAGCCUUGGCUAUAGAGCUCUCGUUAUUGAGAUAUCGGCUUUAAGGGCCUUUAUCAUGUUACUGGUGACCUAAUUGUAUAAAGGUCUUUAUAUUGUCUAAUAUAACUGCAUGAUUUAGUAUUGUGUACAUCUGUAACAUGAGAUCUCAAAUCACGAAAACGAGGCUCUAAUAGCCACGGCUGAGUGGCUCCCAGCAGAGAUUUGUGACGUAAUUAUGAAAAUGUGGGUUCAAGCGUCGAACUUUUCAUGUUCCGUACAAUAAGUUUCGAUCAUUUAGAGUAGGUUCGGUACAUGAUGAGUACGACGUUUUUUUAACUACACACGUAAAAACGAACAAGUUGUUGCAAAUCUGUUCACAAGUUGUCGACAGGUCAUGUUGGCACUACUUGUUCCCACUUGUAACAAGUUUGGAACGAGCUGUUGACAACUUGUAACAAACUUGAUGGCAUUAUCAGACUUGUUACAAGGUUGUUCUAACAAGUCUGAUACAGUCAUUAUAUAAGAAGAAAGUUACAAGGUUGACGACACAAAGUUGUAACAAUAUUGUUAUAUCAUGACUGUAUCGGACUUGUUGGAACAACCUUGCAACAAGUCUGAUAAUAUCAACAAGGUUGUUACAACUUGGACAAGCAGUGCGAACACAACUUGUUGACGGCUUGUUGGCAGACUCGCUACAAGAUGCGAGUUUUUUGCGUGUGUAGACCUAAAACCAGUUUCCCACUACACAUGUAAAAAUCUCACACAGCAUGUCAACAAAAUAUGCUUGUUCCCAGCAUGACAAGUCUGGAACAAGUUGUUAUCAUCUUGUAACAAGGUUGAUCAGGCCAACAGAUUCGCAACAACUUGUUCCAACAAGUCUGAUAUCGUAUGCACGUAAAAGGUUUCAACGAGUUUGUGACAACAAGCUCGUAGCAACCUGUCACGAACAGCCUGGUAUUAGUCUUGUUGGAACAACUUGUAGCAAGUCUGUUAACGUCAUCAACCUUGUAACAAGGUGAUAACAACUUGUUCCAGACUUGUCACAACAACUGGGAACAAGCAUAGCUGAUAUCGGCUUGACAACAACCUUGUUACAACUUGUGUAACGACGUGUGUGUUUUUACGUGUGUAGGCGAAUCGCAGAUGAACAAUCGCAGAUAAAAACAUUUGACGAGCUUUUGAAGUGCGUUUUUGUGUUUGUAAUAUUUGGAUCAUUCUGAGAAGAAAUGCGAUACAUCUUUAUAGUAAAAUCCAGAUCUUGAUCAACUUUUUCACUUUCAGAAUUUCCGUAUAUGAUGUUAUUCGCUGAUGGAUUGAAAAUGAGCUUAUUUUGUUUUUUGACAUCAUCGUUUUUUGAAACAGUGACAAAGUUGAUCAAGAUGAGGUUUUUUACUAUAAAGAUAUACUGCAUUUCUUCUUAAAAUGACCCAAAUAUUACACACCAAAAAUCGUAUUUGAAACCCAACAUUGAAGUUUCGUCGUUAGAGUAGUAGUUUUUUUAACAGAAUAGACAGAAUAUUUUUAUCUGCUAGUAUUCGUUAUCGUUGGUUGCAAAAGAUGGUAAAUAGUUUGGGUCAUGUAAAUAGAAAUGAUUUCGACAACUUUUGCACUCGCUGUUUUGGACAUGCACGAGGGAUAUUCUGCACGCAUCAUGAAUAAACUAUUUUUGCCCGUGUGUGUUUUAGAGGAAUUGCCAGCAAGUGGGGUUCUUCGAGAUUAUUACAGUUUAAGUGAAAUAAAGAAUAAUAUAUUUUGAUCUUAU